AAAGGAAACACCAGCAGUCCCGACCCGAGAGAGAAAGAGAGUCGUGGUCGUCGCGGUCGCGGGCACGGACGCGGGAGCAACGGCUGCUUUCCUCGUGCCCUUGCUUCCUAACCUAACCAAGCAACCAGCCCUAACCGAUUGCCGUCUCCAUCCGCGUUCAUCCAGCCAGGGCAUCCUUUGCCGCUAAGCAAGCGACACCUCGGGGCCGAGGCGACGAGGAUGACCGUAAUGCUCUAGCCCCGGUGAUCUCUGCCGUUUCAGAUUGGGGAACUCGAUUUCGAUUUCGACCCCAGUGCUGGAUUCGUCGAUGGUGGGGGUGCUGUCGAAUCGGGUGGGCCGGGAGGCCCUCGCCGCCGGGGAUCACAUCUACUCGUGGAGAACCGCCUACAUCUACGCCCACCACGGGAUAUAUGCUGGAGAUGGAAUGGUUAUCCAUUUUACGAGAGCGGCUGGACAUGAAAUUGGGACAGGGACAUUUUUAGACAAGUUUCUGUUCAGCUCAUCGCCGACUACGGCGGAUGGCCCUCCUUGUGAGAAAUGUGGGCACCUCAUCAAGCCUCAGGGCGUCAUAAUGUCCUGUCUCGAUUGCUUCCUGGACGGGGGCAGUCUCUACCUCUUCGACUAUGCUGUGUCGCCCCCUUUCUUCCUUGCCAAAGCACGUGGAGGAACCUGCACUAUGGCACCCUCUGACGCUGCUCAGCUUGUUGUCCACCGUGCCAAACACCUCCUCAACAAUGGCUUUGGCAUGUAUAGCCUGUUUAAGAACAACUGUGAGGACUUCGCGAUAUACUGCAAGACGGAGCUGCUUGUCGAGACUGCUUACAGCGUUGGGCGCAGUGGGCAGCUGGCGUCCCUGACGGCUGCAUUCAGUGCGGUGGCUUCUUCGCCGCUGCGUUUCCUGACAACUAGUGCUAGUGGUCUGGCAAUUGUGACAAGCGGCAUGUACUGCGUGGGGCGAUAUGUGUCAGACAUGGGUGUUCGCCGUGAUGUGAUCAAGGUGCCUGUGGAAAGGCUUGUAGAGCACUGGGUGAACAACGUCACUCCUGCUCUUCCUCAAGGGGCCACACAGGCGGAGACGGCAAUGCCUGGAGGCUCGCCGGAGCUACCAGGGGAAGGGGAGCUUGCUAAAACGGCAACACCAGAAGGCUCGCUGGAGCUACCAGGCGAAGGGGAACUUGCUAAAAAGGAAUGUUAUGGAGAGGAUUCUCCUUGCUGCAGUCUACACCGUACUAAUUGUGGCUACUUUUGAUCCUCGGUAAUAACUCCAGAACUUCUGUUAUUUACAGAGCUACAACUUGGAUGCGUACGUGGUCGUUACUCACUCAUACGGACUCCAGGGAAUUUUGGUUACUGGGUGCAACCGAUGGGAGACGGUAGCACGGGCUAUUCUACAACCGGUUUGGAUGGCGGUCCAAUAAUAGGAUAGGUGUUUAGUCAUCUUGUCCUGUUUUUCGCCGGUUGUGCCUUUAUUUACCUUCAUUUAUUUUUGUGCUCCGUUUGCGAGCUGUACUGAACUACGACUUUGUUU